AUGGAUCCCUCCACAUUAACACCCUUCUGGGGGCCCCAAACCUCGUAUCUGAACUUUUGCGAAGAGGACUAUGUAGUGACCCGAUAUAUUGCGGAGUUUAUAAAUACGCUGAGCAGCUUUGUGUUCAUUGUAUACGGAAUUUACGGUCUAUUAAAGCUCCGCCAGAAACAACAAGCCAGCUCCCGCUCGAUUUCGUAUUUUGGAUUGAUCGGGGUAGGAGUCUGCUCAGCCGGAUACCACAUGACCUUGAAAUAUCACACCCAAAUGUCGGAUGAAUUGUCGAUGCAUCUUCUGACUACGCCUCUCCUAUACCGCAUCCUCACAUUCCAGGCCAAUCCGCAGCACACUCGAGUGGUGAGAAUUAUCAUUCCACUUCUCUUUGCCACCGUGAUGGUUGUACAUAUGGCCAUGGAUGAAUUCCUCCUUCAUGCCGUUUCCUUUGGUUUGGGAGUUUGUUUGAUUGCAUCCCGUACAUUGAGGACUAUUCGUCAGCAAAUCACCGAUCCUGUUGUUAGGAAGAAUAUUCAAAACGUAGCGAUCUUUGGCUCUUUGAGUUUUGUCUUUGGCUACUUUGUGUGGUUAAUUGACCAAUGGGCUUGUCAAACCUUGGCCAAUAUAAGACAUUCUGUUGGUUUGCCAUUGGCAUUCUUGUUGGAACUCCAUGGUUGGUGGCAUGUCUUUACUGCCUUCGGAGGCUAUAUUGCUGUUGCGGUUGUGGACUUGAUAACGUCCGGUGAAGUGCGCAAAGAUUCCACAGAGCACCUUGCCUGGCCUAUUCCGGUUGUGGCAAGAUUCAUGGGAACAGCGACGACCUUAAUGAAAUUGGAUUAA